UCGUUCAGUUGGGGUCGUUGAUCUUUCAGUUGUUGUGUUAAUAUAACUGAUAGCAUUGAUGUGAUGGUGAAGCAUUUAGAGAUUUCUCGAGAAAGAAGCCCUCUUUGAGCUCUGUGAAUCAGAUGCAAAUGGUAAUGCAUCUUCCUGGGCAGAUCGACAAAGUCCACGGCGGUAAUCCACCUCUUCCUGUUGCAGAACCGCAGCCAAUGGACAUGCAUUACAUGCAAGAGCACGACCAUGCACAACAUCAUAACAAUGGGAAUGACAUUGAUGAUCAGGAGGAUGGUGGUGGUAGUGAAGGUCUGGAAGGGGAUGUCCCGUCUGAUCAUGGAAAUCUAUCAGACCCACAUGGCUCAAGGCCGUCCCGAGUCCAUGGAGGAAACCAGCUCACCCUCUCCUUCCAGGGUGAGGUCUAUGUCUUUGAUUCUGUCUCUGCAGAAACGGUCCAAGCUGUGCUUUUAUUAUUGGGGGGUCAUGAAGUUCCUCCCAUUGUUCCUACUCUUGUAGUGACUCCCCCCCAAAAUAAUGCUAACAAUACAGCUAAUAGGGGCUUAUCUGACAUCCCGUCACGAUGGCUGGAUGCAGUUGGGGCUGGAGUAGGUCUGGUUGGGACUGGGAUUGGGGCAGGAGUAGAGCUUGUUGGUGCUGUGGGCAGUGACCUCAGCAAGGCUGGAAAGUUCAUGUGCAGGACCAUUACAGUGACAUCAAGCAGCUCCAAGAAGAGUGGUAGCAGCGCUCUUGUAACACCAUAA